AAGAUUUCCUUUUUUUCUUUUUCCUUCCAUCUCGAACUCGUUCACCAAAAAGCCCAAUUUCAACAGCUUUCUAAUUGAACGUCAUCAUGUCCAGUUUAGUAUCUUGGGAGUCGCAAUUGACUCCACAAGAACGUCACGUUUAUGCACAAUUAUUCAAAAAGGCCAGUCAGAGCAAACCGGGCAUCGUUACUGGCACUGAAGCCGUGCGUUUCUUUGCGUCAUCCGGUGUACCCAACGAAAUUCUUUCAGAGAUAUGGGAGACAGCCGACCGUGAUAAUGUCGGCUACCUUACGCCCGAAACGUUUUCCAUUGCUUUGAAACUCAUCGCUUGUGCACAACAUGGCCAGGAAGCCAAGGAUCCUAUUCUCUCGACGCGUGUUCCUCUGCCUCAAUUUGAAGGGUUCAAACCGGACAUCGUUGCCAGUCCUCAUCGAAACGACAGUCAAACCAGCAAUACAGCAGCCACCAUUAUUCAACCUGCCGAACGCGAAAAGUAUGCAUCCAUUUUUAAUGUUCAUCAUCCCGUGGACGGCGUGCUGGAUGCCGAGAAAGCCAAAAGCAUCUUUUUAAAAUCGAAAUUACCGACCGAUACGUUGGGCCAGAUUUGGAAUCUGGCCGAUGUACGUCGCUCAGGCGCAUUGAAUCAAACCGAGUUUGUCAUUGCAAUGCAUUACAUUGCUAAAUUAAUGGAUGGCACCUUGUCUGUACUACCUACACAGUUACCUCCGAGCGUGUACGCCUCUGCCGGUGGUAAUCCUGUGCCAUCACCUGUUGUACGUCAAUCCUCGGCCGAAUUUACUUCGUCGCCCGCAUUUCUACCUCGUCAAUUGAGUGGACAGCAUCCUGCACACACUCCGACCAUUGCUCGACAAAUGACAGGUAUGAUGACCCCUCCUCAACGAUCGCAAACCAUCGACUCGCUCGGCACGAUGGCUUUCGGCUCUGCGGCCGCUAUGGAUACACCGACGCAAUGGGACGUGUCGGCGCAAGAAAAGGCCCAGUUUGAUGCUUUCUUUGACAAGAUCGAUACGCAACGGACGGGAUUUAUGCAAGGAAAAGAUGCUGUGGAAUUCUUCAAGAACUCACGAUUACCCGAAGCGGACUUGGCUCACAUUUGGGACCUGGCGGAUAUGCAACAACGAGGUCGAUUGUCGCGUAACGAAUUUGCCGUUGCGAUGCAUUUGAUUCAUAAGCGGCUACGUGGCGAAGCCUUGCCUUCGUCUUUGCCACAAAGCUUAAUUCCCCCAAGUCCCCAUGUGCCAUUCAUGCCCAGUCCCUCCCCUGCACCCGCACGAGCAUUUUCCGGUAAUGAACUUCAACGCGCAGCAACCAUGGCAGCACGGCCGUCACCUAGUUCACUCACCGUAGAUCCAUUCAAUCCUUCGUCUUCUCGAGGCACGUCUCUCAUGGAUGAUCAGGAUCUGUUGGGCGAUUUCGGUAAUAACGAGCAAUUGACGCAAGAAACGAACCAAGUAAACCAAAUGCAGAACCAAAUGGCCGAUUUGAGAAGGGCAACAGGAGAAGUCAAGACUCAGAAACUGACGGCUGAACAGACACUGGAGCAAUUGGCGAAACAAAAGCAGGAAUUGCAAGCGCAAAUGGCUCAAGUCCGAUUAGCUCACGAGACCGAAGUCAAGGAUUUAAAUGAAUUGCAGGAAAAGCUGCGGCAGGAAGAACCUGCAUUCGUGCAGGUGAGAGACGAGCACGAUGCCGCGCAGCGCGAAUUGCUGGAAGUCCAGAAUCAGAUUGCCCAGCUCAAACAGACGUUGGAAAAUGGUCGUGCUGAAAGUGAGAGUCUCCGUCACCGUGUGCAUGACAUUCAAGUGGAAACGACUCAAUUGGUGCAAGAAUUGGAGGAUUUACGUUCUCAGGUGAAACAGCAGGGUAUGAUGCUCGAUAUCAAUCGACGCCAAGUGACUGCGUCCGAACAAGAUCGUGAUCAAGCAAAGCGUGAUUUGGACGAAUUUAAGGAAGUGCAUGCUAUUCAGGAGAAUAUGAACAAGCAGCCAGACCACCAAGGCCGGACAUCUUCCACUGGAAUGGAAACUCAUGCUUCAGAGAUCGCCGGUGCAACCCCUGCAACUGCCUCACCAGCACCAGCGUUACCCACUUCACCAUCUGCAUCGCAGACAUUACCACAGCGACAAGAUCAACAACCAUCACCAUCGCUCUUUGCCUCUCCUUUCGGCAAUCCCUCUGAACCCUCGACCGGUUCGAAUGAUUUCUUUGACAUCUUUUCGCCAAAGAUGGAAGUCGCCGAAGCCAAGGCCCUGGAAAACGAGACUAAAGAACCGGCCAUCAAGUCCCAGAUUGAAACGCCAAAGGAAGAAAGUAGGACGAGCAGUGAUGAGGGAUCCAGCUCCUCGCAAUCAGGGAGUAGCAGUGCCGGAACAGAAAGCGCUCAAAGUACGGAAAACAAGGAACCGCAGUCCACCACCGCAAGUGGAGGUGGUGCUGCUGCUGCAAUGGAUGACUUUGAUGCCAUAUUUGGUACGUUCACUACCAAUGAUGCCGUGGCGCCAUCCGAGCCAACUCAUGGCGGUCAUUCUGGAUCCUCGGAAAACCACCCACCUGCUACCGAUGGAUUUGACCCCAUUCAUCAUCAACAAAAAGAGGAUGCAAAGGGCCCUACAUCUGAGGAUAAGGAUUCAGUGAGUGAAUAUGAAUCUCCUGCAAGCACUCCUGGUCGUACAGCUCGUCAGGCGCCUCCUCCUCCUCCACCGCCACAAAGUCGACACCAUCACCGACAGUCUUCCGAAACCAAGGCUGCUGCAGCAAUGACAACGCAAAAGAAACAACGUGCUCCACCUCCACCUCCACCAGCAGCACCAGCACCUGCACCUGCCAAUGCAUCGGCGGCGGCCAGUUCAUCUACACCUACACCGGCCCAGAAACCGAAUGAGGAACCGAUGGAAGAUGCCGAAGAUGAUUUUGAAAAGGCGUUUUCCAAAGAAUUGAACGAUGUGAAAAUUGUGGAUAAAGCUCAUGAGCAUGACUUUGAUGAUUUUGAUGAUGCUUUUUCUGCAUUUGAUCUCCCUAAAGAGCCUACGGUUCCCAAACCUGAAGCGGCUUCGUCAGCCUCGCCAGCCUCGCCUUCAAAAACCAAUUGGGCUAGCAGUUUUGGUGGCUUCAAUUUCCCUGAUUUCGGCAGUAGUUCCACAGCAACCAAGAUCACAUCGAGUGCAACCCCGGCAACAAGCAACAAGAUGAAGGACGAAGACGAUUGGGAUUCCAUCUUUGGAGGUCCAGGCACAUCCAAAGGCACGAAUCAAGGCACUUCAGAUAAUAGCAACAAUAAUAAUGCAUCGAUACCCAUUGGUUUUGAUGAUGCAUUCUCAAGCUUUGACGAUGUUCAGGAGUCCGUGAAUGAGAAGAAGGAGUCUUCCGUCAAAGGAGAUAACAAGAUUGAAGAACUGGUUAAAAUGGGCUUUAACCGACAAAAUGCCAAGGAAGCGCUUGACAGGUACGACCAAGACCUGACCAAAGCCACCAACUUCUUGUUAGAUCAGUCAAGCAAUUGAUUGCACGUGUAAAUCGUUCUUGUGUGUGUUCCCUUUUUUUUAUUAUUAUUAUUUGCUUCGCCUGAAACUCCUACUUUUUUUCCACAACCUUAAUCAUGUUAAAUAAAGAAAAAGGAAAGAAAAUGUCCUGAUUUUUUGAUAUCGUGG